AUGGUAAACCGUAAAAACAGUUUUCAAUUGUACGGUGCUGAUUUCGUAGUGGCGGAUGAUUUUUCGGUAUGGCUGUUAGAAAUAAAUACAAAUCCGCGAUUGCAUCCGCCAAGCAGCGAAGUCACAGCAAAACUCUAUCCGGAAGUCAUAGAAGACACGAUGAAAGUGGUCUUAGAUCGUCGUAAAAAUAAAAAAGCACUAUGCGGCAGAUUCGAAUGUAUUUACAAGCAACGUAAUCCGUUUUAUGGAGUCAAUGUCUUGGGGCAAGGUACGAGUCUUGGCAUUCGUGGUAAAGGUUUAUUUAUGACACCGAAAUUGUCGUGAAAUCUCCAACUCGAACACAAUUGUAACAUUACUUCUCCGAAAACUUAUUUCGCACAGAACUGUUUCAGUUCCAAUCAUAAUCCGUCCAAUCCUAAUGCAAUUUCGUAUUAGCAUAUAAACAAUGCGUUAUGGAUUGCUAGAUAAACGUGUUCAAAAAGCACAUUUGUAUUCUCUUUUUUCAUUGCAUGACGCGCGAUUAGCAGAAAGAGAGCAAGUAAUUUAUUAGAAACAUGUUUAUUUUACAAGUAACAAUGCGCGGUAGGUAUACAAUCUUAUAUACUAUAGAUAUUUUUUUUCACAGAACAAUGAAUAUACAUUAUUAUGAUAUAAGACAAUUAUGC